UUGCAUUGUUUGCUUUCUUUAUCUCCCACUCUUCUGAUAGGUUAUUGUACGGAGUGUCUACGGCAAUUGAGUUCCCCUCUAUCACCCUCUAUCAGAGGGACCAUAUACCUCUACACUACUAUGUACAAUCAAUCCACACCAAACCUACACCGGAGUACAGCUCAUGCACCCCAGAACCGCAAUCCAUGCCCCCCCGGGCACCACAAAACUAACCCGCCCAACACCUUCAAACCCCCGCCCACCAACAAAUCCACUGCUCCUAACCGAUGCACUUACCGUGCGUAAUACAGUCUUCAUCGACGAACAGGGGUGUUCGCCGGAGGGCGAGAUCGACGAUGAUGAUGCGCGGAGUUGGCAUUGGGUUAUGUACGCCCGUCAAUCGCAGGAUGGAGAUGGGAAUGGAGAGGGAGGCGAUGGGGGCGGAAAACAGGAUGGCGGGGAGAAGGAAGACGAUGGCGAGGCAAUCGGAGUGAUUCGUCUAGUUCCUCCUCCUCACACUCCUCAUGAACAUCAUCUUGAUAUCAGCCCUGCGCACGCGCACACAGACAAUGUCAAACCUGUCAACGACAACAACAAAAUCAACAAUGACCCCCCCGCCAGGCAAUAUGGCACCACUCACGAACCUUAUAUAAAAUUAACCCGCGUGGCGGUACUCCCGGCGUACCGCGGGCGAAAUCUCGGAAGAAAACUGGUCGAGACGGCUAUUGACUGGGCGCGGAGGAAUCCGGGGGAGAUAGAACACGCUUAUUCCCGAGUUGUGCGCGGGCGUGAGGGCUUACCUGAUCGGGAUGGUGGUGGUGGUGGUAGUGGUGAUGUCAAGUGGAACGGGUUGGUGCUGGUUCAUGCGCAGGUGUCGGUUGAAGGGAUGUAUGCACGGUUGGGGUUUGUUACUGAUGAGAGUAUGGGGAGGUGGGAUGAGGAGGGUAUUGAGCAUGUUGGGAUGUGGCGACGGGUUGAUGUUAUUCAUAAAUCAUGACCUCUACGUUGGAAUAAGUAUGUGGUGGUGAUGGUAAAUUCAUUAUCCUCUAUAUGCAUGCGCCAGAGCCAUAACCAAUAAACAAACGAAAGAA